AAAGAAAAUAAAAAAAAGGAAAAAACUCCAUUUUGGCCGGUACGAUUUGUGCAUUUCAAAAACUCGUCCGCAGGUCUUCGUCGCCGGCUUUCCUUCUGCUGCAUUCCCCAGCCUCCGAACUCUGUAAAGCCCGCUGGCGUCAGUUUGUAGUUCCCCGGCUACAAUUUUCUGCUUUAUGCGGUGCCAUCACCAUGUCAGUAGAGCUCAAACUUUCCAGAGCAAAUCGCAUCUACCGUCCUUCUGAACCCCUCGAGGGCAAAAUCGUUACAAAGCUUACUUCAUCAGUUUACCACUAUGCGAUUCGCCUCACGGUGAACGGAUCCGUCAGCUUGCAGGUUCACAGAGGAUCGGCAGGUGUAAUCGAGUCCCUCUAUGCUGCCGUCAAGCCUAUUAGCAUCGUGAAUAAAAGUGUUGAGGUUAGACCGUCGGGAAAGAUUGGUUCAGGUACAACAGAGAUACCAUUUUCCAUUGCUCUGAGGCAGACUGGAGAAGACAAUUUGGAAAGAUUUUACGAGACCUUUCACGGUGCAAAUAUAAGUAUCCAGUAUCUUGUCACUGUUGAUAUAAUGAGAGGAUACCUGCAUAAAUCGUUAUCUGCUACAAUGGAGUUUAUAAUUGCAAGCGACAAAGCUGAUCUUAUCGAGUCACCAGUCUCUUCUGAGAUGGUUUUAUUUUAUAUCACUCAGGACACACAAAGGCAUCCGUUACUUCCUGAGUUAGUAUCAGGUGGUUUUCGGGUGACAGGAAAAAUGUCUACUCAUUGCUCUCUGUCAGAUCCUGUCAGUGGUGAGCUAAUGGUAGAAGCAUCUGCUGUUCCCAUUCGAUCUAUUGAUAUUCACUUGCUUCGUGUGGAGUCUAUUCUUGUAGGGGAGAAGAUUGUAACUGAAACCUCGUUGAUUCAGACUACACAGAUUGCAGAUGGAGAUGUUUGUUGUAACAUGACUUUGCCUAUCUAUGUCAUACUUCCCCGCCUUUUGACUUGUCCAACGGUCUUUGCUGGUCCAUUUUCAAUUGAGUUUAAAGUUCGCAUAGCAAUUAGCUUCGAGUCGAAGCUUUCCAAGCUGCAUCCAAAAUCUGAUCCUCUAACUCCUAGACUCUGGUUGGCAAUGGAAACCUUACCACUUGAGCUGGUCCGAACAAGAUAGAUUAAAGGGAAUGAAACUUCUGAUAUCCGUGUGAGAUAAGUUUUUUUUUUUAUAAAAUUAUUCUCAUGUAUUUUUUCUCCCUUGGUUUUGGGAUAACCAAAGCUCACUGUUGUGCUUUUUUCUACACACACUAGAAAGCCCUGUGCUAUGCACAGCAAAAAAAUGUAAAUUAUAUCAUCAUUUUAUUAUUACUAUUAUUAUUAUACAGAUACAUUUUUUU